GUAGUGCACAAGAUAUAAAAUUCUAUUGAUUAAACAGAUAAAAGCAUUUUUUUUUAUCGAAUAUGGCAAAGUUUUAUGAAAGAAUUGUUCAAUGUAGUUUCACUCAUAAGUGAUGUAAAUUACAUACGUAUGUAGGAAGUUAAGAUAAGCAGCCUGGUUUCGAUGGAAUUUUAAAACUCAUUAAUUGGAUACAGUCAAUACUUUCAAAUUGUCUAUAUACAACAGGGCUUGUAACCACGUGUUUCUUUAAUGUAUGGAUUAGCAUUUUGAAAGAAUCAAGAAAACAAAAUGUCAAGGAUAAUUUCAAUUUGUUAUGUAUGGAAAACUUGAUGAGGAGACAGAAGAUUCAUACAACAUGAAUGGUGAAGUGAACAAAGAUUCGUAUGCAACAAAUGGUGGGCUUGAUACAGGAAAAAACAAUGGCUUUCGACACAGUGAACUGGAGGUGGCAGCUGAUGACAAAGAAGGGAAUAGACAGUGUGUAGACAAACAGGAGAAUGUAGAGCAGUACAAAGUCUAUCCAUCUCGGUGGUUCAUGCUGUUUGUUGUCUGCUGUCUCAACCUCUCAAAUGCUAUGAUGUGGAUAACGUUUGCAGCGGCAGCUGAUACAACUAUUACAUUCUACAGGAUAUCUUCUCUGCAACUGAACAUGUUGUCCAUGACCUUCAUGUUUGCUACAGUACCUCUUGGCUUUGUGGCUUCCUGGGUUCUUGAUACAUUUGGGCUGCGAACAAGUUUACUGAUAUCAGCCUGGUUGAAUGGUUUAGGAGGACUGCUGAGAAACAUCAGUACACUAGAUGUUAUCCCCGAGGACCAUGCCUACACGGUCCUUCUGAUUGGUCAGAUUCUGGCAGCGUGUGCUCAGCCAUUUGUGAUGUUUGCACCAACGAAGUUAGCGGCACUCUGGUUUCCAGAAAAUCGCCGAGCAACUGCUAACAUGAUUGGAAGCAUGAUGAAUCCUUUGGGAAACAUGGUGGCUUUCAUCAUAGUACCGCUGGUUGUAGAGGGCGUGUCUGACAUCCCGUUGGCUCUAUGGAUUGUUUCAGCUCCCGCCUUUUUCAUCACCUUGGUAACAACAUUUGGUGUACGAAGGUCAAGGCCACCUACACCACCAUCACCUAGUGCAGGGGAGAUAACACAGCCUUUCCUUACUGGCUUAAAACAGAUUAUAGUAAACAAGAACUAUGUUGUGUUAAACCUGGGAUUUGGAGCUGGCCUGGCCUUGUUUACAGCCCUGGCAUCAUUUCUGGAACAAAUACUCUGUCCUAGGGGAUACUCAGAUGAAUUUGCUGGUAUUUGUGGAGCACUGAUGAUAGUGUUUGGGAUGUUGCUGUCAGCUAUAGCCGGGGUCUAUGUUGAUAAAACUAAACAAUUUGAUGAUGUACUCAAGGUCUCCUACAGUCUUGCUGUUCUUUCAGGAAUUGCUUUUACUCAGGUUUCUCGUCUCCGAGAUCAGCAUGUCUGGGUUGCAAUUUCAGCAGCCUUAUUUGGAGGCUUUGGUCUCACAAUUUAUCCAAUCAGUAUGGAGCUAGCUGUAGAAGUUACCUACCCUGUUGCCGAGGCAACCAGCUCAGGAUUGUGUAUUGUUGGAGGACAAGCCCAGGGAAUAGCCUACAUGUUUGCCAUGCAGUAUUUAACCAAGCCAUUGUCAGGUCAUGAACUGACCCUGGAGUCCGGCUGUCAUAUAGCAGAGAAUGCUACCACAACUGUGUUCGAGCCCCAGGAUUGGACGUAUUCCAACCUGUUCAUUUUCAAUGUGAUCUCUACUGUUGCUGUUGUAAUGCUUGUGCUGUUAUUCAAACCCAAGUAUAAAAGACUGGAAGCCGAGAAAAAGAUAGCAGCUCUUGCUAAGAAAACAACAGACACAGAAAAGUCUUACAGUGUAAAUACAGUUUCCAAUACAGAGUUAUGACAUUAAUUAUAAGUGUCCAUUUUGCAUUGAUCUUUUUGAGAUUUUUGUAGUGAAAUUUUUAUCACUUUCCUAUACACAUUUUACUUGCCAUACCUGUAUCACACUCAGUCGCUGCAUGGAAUUACUUUUGUUAAAUUAUUUGCAGAUUUUUCCUCAUUGUACUAUGAAUUUACCUAUCAUGGAUUUACUUUAUAUUAUUUAAUUUAUAUGAAUAAUUUAUAUGACAAUUGUAUACAGGAUUACAAAAUAGAUGUAGAUAUUUUGUCAUUACAAAAUCUUAAUUAUUUCUUAGAUGUCAAAUGUGCAUCACACAUUUUUACAUUGACUUGAGCCAGUAUAAGUUGGAACCAUU